AUGGCUUCAACGGUUGUUAAAAUUAGUAGGGAGAUUAAAGAAGGCAACAGACGGAACCCACUGGAGCGCCUUCCUCCACCGGCGAGCUCCAACAAACCCCUGACACCUUUUAGCAUCGCUGACAUUUUGGCUAAACCAAUCAAUAAGACAACAAGUGCUCACUUAAGUCUAUCAGCUACACUACUAAAAACUCUCAUUACAUCACCUGUGGACCACACUUCACCCCUCUGUGCCCUGCAGGAGCUGACCAGUAAAACCUUCAGAGGGCUGGAGCCAGGGGUGUUCCAAGCAGCAGAGGGCAGAGAUGGCUUCAGUGCACUUGGUCAAAGGAGCAACUCAAAGAAGCGCAGAAAGUCCAGGACUGCAUUCACCCAUCACCAGAUCUAUGAGCUGGAGAAGCGUUUUAUGCAUCAGAAGUAUCUGUCUCCAACAGAUCGGGACCAGGUGGCACAACAACUGGCAUUAACCAAUGCUCAGGUCAUUACCUGGUUCCAGAACCGACGUGCUAAGUUAAAGCGAGACUUGGAGGAGCUGAAAGCAGAUGUGGAGUCAGCCCGAGCGGUCGGAACUGUAACUCUGGAGCAAACUGCAGCAUUGGCUGAACUCGAGAGAAGUGUUGAGGAAAGCAAAGGCCCAUCAGGACCAGAGUGGCCCUCUCACAUCCCACAUAAACUUGAGAGCAUGCAUACACUGUGUAUGUCGCCAUACUACUCACAACAGCAAGGUUACAGAGACUCUGAGGACGAUGAUGUUGAAAUAGACGUGGAUGACUGAUGCGCACCACCCUGGGUGCACAAAUGAAAAACUCAAUCUAGAAUCCAGUUCUUAUUUUUAUAGUUCUUUUUUAUCUUUAUGUUAUUAAUAUUUUGUCUAAAGCAGAUCUAAAAGUGCCUUAACGUCUAGGCAUUUGUAUAAA